AUGGGUGAAACAGACAUGUUAUGGUGCUUCAAUGAACCGAGUGUUUUAGAAAAGUUUGUGACUACAAGUGAUAGUGACCACAAUGAGGGUUUCAGUAAAUGUAGUCUUGAAAUGAGCAGUGCUGGCAGAGCUCUUUUUCAUGGCUAUCUUGAUGUGCGGGUGCCUAAAGAUGGGCGCAUCAAAAAGGCUGGAUAUUGUUCCAUGCGAUCCAAAAGGAUAAGGAAAUCAUUUAAACGCGAAACGACCUACGAUUGGCACCUCUACAACACGUUAGUUCUUAAAAUACGAGGUGAUGGCAGAUCCUAUCUGCUAAAUAUAUCAUGUGAGGGGUACUAUGAUAUCACGUGGAAUGACAUUUAUCAUUAUGUUCUCUAUACUAGAGGUGGACCAUACUGGCAGAUUGCAAAGAUACCACUUUCAAAAUUCGUGCUUGGCUCAAAAGGUCGUCUACAAGACAAACAAAACAGAGUAAGGUUUGAUAAAGUAACACAUUUUGGGAUAGCGUGUGGAGACAAAAUUAAUGGGCGAUUUAAUCUAGAGAUUGAAUAUGUUGGAUUAGAAUUUGAUCCGACACAUGAUGAGGAAUUUGCAUAUGAAAUGUAUAAAACAGAUAAAUUCAUUGUUGUUCGAACACAUUGUGGUGAGAUCAUGUGA